AUGAACUACGAAGAAAACUUAUUAUCUGGUUCUAGUAGUGGUGAUUUCCGCACAUCAUCACCGCCUAUCGUCCCUUUCACGGCUCGAGAAUGUGGAAGUAGAGUGCCUGGCGAGUCCACUGUGGCAGGUUCUACGAUGAUGGGAAAGGAUGGUAUAGAUUUAAACAACGCCGCACAAAGUUCUUUCCAUAGAUGUACUCUGUCGAGCACUCUGAGUGAAUAUACGCCAUUUAUUUCCCGACGGACUUCAGCCCCAGAACAAGAGAAACAUCAUCAUCAUGGCAGUGAAAACGGGGAAACUCGUAAAUCAACCUUGACGGAAUUACUUUUGACACCCUUUGAGAGUCCUGUUGCUGGUAAUGACCCACGGCGGUUUCUUGUAACUCUUUCCUAUUCGAUGUUAGCCAUAAGUAACUCCAUGCAAUGGGUAACGUUUAGUCCAGUACCUAAUGAAGUAGAAUUGUUUUUUCACACCACAGCAACAGAAAUAAAUUAUUUGGCUUCUAUCUAUCUCAUAGUGUACGCUUUUGCAGUGGUAAUGAGUUGUAAAGCCAUGGAGUCUGUUGGAUUAAAAAAAUCUCUUAAUAUUGCCGCAGUUUUGAAUUUUAUCGGUGCAACUAUAAAAAUUAUCGCACUUUAUGUAUUUCCACGAUCACCUUUACUUUUUUGCUCACAGAUUAUAAACGCCCUUGCACAAGUAUUUAUUGUUGCUCAUCCACCAACCAUAGCGAAUCUGUGGUUCAACGACAAGUUCCGUACAGCAGCUAACGCUACAAUGACUGCGGCCCAAAACGUUGGAAUUGCAAUAGGUGUUAUUUUACCAACCUUUUUCAUCUGCGGAAACAAAAACAGUGACAAGGAUGAUAGCAAAUAUAUGCAGAUACUCUAUAAAGGGUUUGCUCAGUUUUUUUGGACACAAUUAGCCAUUGCUAUAGUGGCUCUCGGUAUGAUGGUGUUUUUAUUUCCUGUAAGGCCAAAAUGUGCUGCGAGUCUAACAGCUUCAGAAGCUAUUCAAAAUGACCAACAACGGUCUCACCGUAAUCGUCUAAACUUUCGUCAGAGAAUAAUUGAAAAAGAUCUUCGUCGACGACGAGCCCAGCAAAAACGUCAGUCUCAGCGUGAAAAGGGCGGAACCACAUUACCUUCAAACUUACCUUCACCUCCGGUAACAAGUGAUAUUGAUGUUAAAUCACCUUCUCAUGAUAGGUUGACAUCAUCUGUACAGGAAAACUUCUCUGACUCUUGUAAUAAGUGGCAAAGUACUACUAGUACCACUAAUAACAAUACAACUAUUGUUCCUUCAGUUUCUUAUGCUUCUGUUAAUAGAGAACUGUACAUGCCAUUACCUGACGAUGAUGAGAUAGAUGAUAGUUUACAUGAAGGUAUUACUGAAGAGGAAAGGCUGCAACGUUCCCUUGUCAGCGCUGUAGCUGUGACUGUAGCAGAAUCUUCCACCAAUAAUAGUACUCGAGAGUCCGGGUGUUAUACUUCAGAAAAUGAUCUUGAAGAAGUUAUUUUGGAUCUUGAAGCUAAGUUAGGACGCAUCCGUGAGGCGGAAUUAAAAUUUCCAAAGAUAAAUGUACUUGGUAUCGUUCGUGAUUCUUUUCGUGUAGUACGUGUAAAUAGUAGUUUUGCAUUUAUGACUCUUUCUAGUUUCCUUCAGUUGGGUCUUGUAUGGUCAUUACCUACAGUGAUUCCACAAAUAUUGUCACCUUUGGGAGUUUCAGAGAGUUUAGCUGGUUGGAUUGGAUUUGUAAACCUUGCCUCUGGUGCUAUCACGGCGCCACUCCUUGCUCCAUUACUUAUUGGUAACCGAAAUAAUUAUAAAGGUGCUUUGAUUGGUUGCGUAGCUGUUCUUCUUUUGAGUAUGUCGAUAAUGCUCCUCUUACUUAUGUACGCUGUCUCACUUCCACAAGGGCCAAUAAGAGAAGAACAUAACAAUCAUGCAGUGGUAUUUAUUUUUUUUAUUGGUUGGGGUGGUAUUGGAGGUGUAUUUCAGAAUGUUAUGCUCCCAUUGAUGUUUGAGUUUGGGACAGAAUUAACUUUUCCCGUAUCGCAGACUAUAACCGCCGCUAUGACGAUUUGGACUGGUAAUGCAGCGAGUUUUAUCUUUACUGAAGUGUUUAGUUUCGUCUUGGGAUUGCGACCCUCCAUACGUGAGGCUUUCAUCUCUUGGUGUAUUGUCAUUGUACUCACCUUACUUGGAGGAUUGAGUCUUCUUGCUGUUUACCCAUACCGUUUACGAGAGAAGCACAUGGCGAAUCUUGCCAUGUUGGGUGUUGAAACACGGCGUGCGAGUCGUAAUUCCAUUUUUGAUAGAUGUGAGUCCUUACAGUGA